AUGGCUAACAAUGAACAAAUCAGCUUGUUGAGACGGAAACGAGCUGCCCUGCUCUGUCGACUCAAAUUCACGUCGAAACGAUUAUACGAAUAUCAAAAGUUAAGUCAGCAGAAGAAAGAUAUUUUGACGUUAUACCACAAAACUAUCGACAAACUGUGGAGCAAAUUCAACGUUGUGCAAGAAGAAUUAGAGUUACUCAACGAAGAAAACUCUAUCUUAGACUUCUAUCACGCCCAGGACACACAUUUAACAGAACUCAGUGGUAGAGCACAACCAUCAAAACCGGAAACAUCUAUAAGCGUCAGAUCAUCCGCAACAUUGUGGCCGAUAGCAAUAGAAUUAUCAAAAAUACGUUUACCUAUCUUCGAUGGCACCAUCGAAAACUGGAAUGCUUUCUACAAAAUCUUCUCUUUAAUCAUAGAUAGAAACGAUCAAUUGAUGCCUGUACAGAAACUACAUUUCCUCCAAGCAUCCGUAACUGGUGAAGCAGCGAGUUAUGUUCAAUCAUUGAACAGCACUAAAAUUAGCUAUGCAGGCGUUAUCGUCGCCCUCAAGAAUAGAUACGACUGUCCACGAGAGAUUUGUCUACGUCACUUUUUCGCGAUGCAAAACUAUCCUAGACUGACCAGUGAAACACCGGCAACCUUAGCGAAUUUAAUCGGCGCUAUGAAACUACAUCUCCACGCAUUGAAGAACUUAGGUGACUCAAUCACGUCAAACACCAAUAUCAUUGGCCUAUUCUUGUCUAAACUAAACCCAGAUACCAUACAACAAUGGGAGUUCAGUAUACCGAACAAGAGAAUGCCUCCUUAUACUCACCUAUUAGAUUUCCUUGAAAAAAAGGCAAAUUGUGACCUAACGACAUCCGUUGAUACUCCGGCAAGGCAAACGCCAGAACAACACAAGGCUCUCCGACAAGGCUGUCCACAGAGAAACGCAUUCACCACUACGCACUUUCCGUUGGCAUGUCCAAUCUGUCAAGCAUCGCACGAAAUUUGGACGUGCGACAUCUUCAAGGCGAAACCAGUCAAGGAACGUCUUACAGCCGUCAAAGAAUUGUCCAUGUGCACCAAUUGCCUGAAAGAGGGGCACUCGAUUCUUUCAUGCUCAUCCGAAUCCUGCCGUAUAUGCGGACUUCGUCACCAUACGCUUCUGCAUUGGGACGAAAUUGAAGUGAACAAUCGGCAGAGCAUAACCGGCUGA